AUGGAGGGCCUCAACAAUGGCGACACCGCAUGGAUGGCCAUGUCCUGUGCGCUGGUUCUCUUCAUGACACCCGGGCUAGCCUUCUUCUAUGGAGGUUUAGUCCGCGACAGCAACAUCGUGAACACCAUGAUGAUGUCCAUCAUCUCGAUGGGACUCACGACCAUCACGUGGCUGGUGUUCGGCUUCAGCUGGUCCUUCGACGAGUGGGGUGCAGGCAAGGGCUUCACGUACGUCGGCUUCCGUCAUUUGGACAAGGUCUGGCCCGACACCACCAUGCCAGGCUUAACCUUCGCCGUCUUCCAGAUGACCUUCGCCAUCAUUGCUGCGGCGAUCAUUUCGGGCGCUGUGGUGGAGCGCAUUCGGUUCUCGGCGUAUGCCAUUUUCAUCGUCGUCUGGGUCCUUGCGGUGUACGUGCCCCUGUGCCACUGGAUCUGGGGCGGCGGCUGGAUCGCCGAGAUGGGCGCCAAGGACUUUGCUGGCGGCACAGUGGUCCACAUCAGCUCGGGUACUUCAGCCUUUGCGCUCGCGUCGCUUCUGGGUGAGCGCAAGCACCGAGCGGAGUCCUUUCCCAGCAACCUGCCCUUCGUCAUUUUGGGCGGCGGCAUCCUGUGGCUUGGAUGGACCGGCUUCAACGGCGGAUCCGCCUUCGCUGCCAACGGAGACUGCGCCUUGGCUGUGGCAACCACGUACAUCGCGGCGGCUGCGGCCAUGAUCACUUGGAUCACGGUGGAGCGCAUCCUGGACGGGGCCCCCACGUCCGUCGGUGCCAUGUCCGGCGCGGUGGCGGGACUUGUGAACAUCACCCCGUGCGCCGGCUUCGUGGAGCCUCUGGGUGCUCUGGGGGUUGGGGCUAUUGGUGCCCUGUGCUGCAUCUUCGCAGCUCGCGGGCUGAAGAGGCUGAACCUUGUGGACGACUCGCUGGACUGCUUCAGCCUCCACGGAGUCGGAGGCUUUGCGGGCGCCAUCCUUGGCGGCUUCUUCGAUUCUGGGGAUGGCUUGAUCUACGGCAACGAUGGAAUGCUGCUGGCGAAGAACCUCGCCGGCGCCGCUUUCGGCGUUGUCUACUCCGCAGGGGUCACGGCGGUGAUCUUCUUCCUCAUGCGCCUCGUGAUGCGCAUGAGGGUCAGCGAGGAGCAGGAGCUGGAAGGUGUGGAUCUCCACUGCCACUCCGAGGUUGCCUACGGCAAGAACGAGAACUCGGGCAAGCCCAACGCUUUCGGCGAGCACUCCCAGCGCUUCAAGCCCGAGGAGGCCCCGACGCUUCUGACAAGUGCCCCAGCCGCGGCUGCCACAGAGAAGCCCACUGCCACGGAGGUCCAUCCUGGAGACCCAAGUUUCAAAGUGAUGCUGCACAGGCGCUGCACGGUAACCUGCACUAGCAUCAGCUUGGUCGAAGGGAUGGAGGGCCUCAACAAUGGCGACACCGCAUGGAUGGCCAUGUCCUGUGCGCUGGUUCUCUUCAUGACACCCGGGCUAGCCUUCUUCUAUGGAGGUUUAGUCCGCGACAGCAACAUCGUGAACACCAUGAUGAUGUCCAUCAUCUCGAUGGGACUCACGACCAUCACGUGGCUGGUGUUCGGCUUCAGCUGGUCCUUCGACGAGUGGGGUGCAGGCAAGGGCUUCACGUACGUCGGCUUCCGUCAUCUGGACAAGGUCUGGCCCGACACCACCAUGCCAGGCUUAACCUUCGCCGUCUUCCAGAUGACCUUCGCCAUCAUUGCUGCGGCGAUCAUUUCGGGCGCUGUGGUGGAGCGCAUUCGGUUCUCGGCGUAUGCCAUUUUCAUCGUCGUCUGGGUCCUUGCGGUGUACGUGCCCCUGUGCCACUGGAUCUGGGGCGGCGGCUGGAUCGCCGAGAUGGGCGCCAAGGACUUUGCUGGCGGCACAGUGGUCCACAUCAGCUCGGGUACUUCAGCCUUUGCGCUCGCGUCGCUUCUGGGCGAGCGCAAGCACCGAGCGGAGUCCUUUCCCAGCAACCUGCCCUUCGUCAUUUUGGGCGGCGGCAUCCUGUGGCUUGGAUGGACCGGCUUCAACGGCGGAUCCGCCUUCGCCGCCAACGGAGACUGCGCCUUGGCUGUGGCAACCACGUACAUCGCGGCGGCUGCGGCCAUGAUCACUUGGAUCACGGUGGAGCGCAUCCUGGACGGGGCCCCCACGUCCGUCGGUGCCAUGUCCGGCGCGGUGGCGGGACUUGUGAACAUCACCCCGUGCGCCGGCUUCGUGGAGCCUCUGGGUGCUCUGGGGGUUGGGGCUAUUGGUGCCCUGUGCUGCAUCUUCGCCGCUCGUGGGCUGAAGAGGCUGAACCUUGUGGACGACUCGCUGGACUGCUUCAGCCUCCACGGAGUCGGAGGCUUUGCGGGCGCCAUCCUUGGCGGCUUCUUCGAUUCUGGGGAUGGCUUGAUCUACGGCAACGAUGGAAUGCUGCUGGUGAAGAACCUCGCCGGCGCCGCUUUCGGCGUUGUCUACUCCGCAGGGGUCACGGCGGUGAUCUUCUUCCUCAUGCGCCUCGUGAUGCGCAUGAGGGUCAGCGAGGAGCAGGAGCUGGAAGGCGAAGCGAUGUUUGCAAGCGUGUCGUUGCUAGCUCGAGCAUGCAGAAUGCUGAAGCUGGUAGGUGUGGAUCUCCACUGCCACUCCGAGGUUGCCUACGGCAAGAACGAGAACUCGGGCAAGCCCAACGCUUUCGGCGAGCACUCCCAGCGCUUCAAGCCCGAGGAGGCCCCGACGCUUCUGACAAGUGCCCCAGCCGCGGCUGCCACAGAGAAGCCCACUGCCACGGAGGUCUGA